GGUUUGGGCAUAAAUAAAGAAACCAUUACAGCGUAUAGUAGUUCCGACGUGGGUGUGUGUGAUGACGGACCGUCAUUUUGUGUGCACCAUGUUGCGUUUGUACGUGUUGGAAGAGAAACGUCAAAGCGUUAAAACACAGAAAGAAACCGAUUCAAGUGUGCGAUGAGGAUUCAAGAGCAGGAUCGGCGUACAAUGGAGCAGUUACCUGAGGACGCUGUGGGAAGACGGGUGUUGUGUGAUGGAGAACGGGCUAUGGUGCGAUAUAUCGGGACAGUUCCACCUACCGCAGGACUGUGGCUUGGUGUGGAGUGGGACAAUCCAGAGAGAGGCAAACAUGACGGAAGCUAUGAAGGAGUUCAAUACUUCGCAUGCAGUCACCCAACAGGUGGCUCAUUUGUGCGAGCUAAAAAAGUCAACUUUGGAGUGGACUACCUGUCUGCAGUAAAGCAGCGCUAUGAGGUGGAGCUGGAUGAGGCCAUUGGAGAGGAAGUAACAAUUUCUACCAAGACCGUGAAUAUGGUCGGCUUUGAGUCCAUUCUAGAAAAGCAGCGGAUGGAGAAUCUAACAGAGAUCGCUCUCAUCGAUUGUGAAGUAUCAGGUCCAGGGCCUGAAAAUGAAAUCAGGAAACACACACCCAAUGCAGUUUCUCUGGAUCUCUCGGGAAAUCUUCUGAGCUCGUGGGAGGUUGUGGCAGCAAUUACAGAGCAGCUAGAGAAACUGCAGGAACUCUGCCUCAGCCAAAAUAGGCUAAGGAUUUCCUCAAACCCAUCUAACAUGAGCUACGCCUUCUCCCAUCUAAGAGUCCUGAUGCUUAACAGCUGUGCUGUCACCUGGUCUCAGGUGCUCCAGUGCGCCCCCAUGUGGCCACAACUAGAAGAACUUUUUCUCAACGAUAACAAUAUAACUGAACUAAAAAGGCCUGUAGAUGUGCUGCAAGAUUUGAAGGUUCUUGAUUUGUCCAACAACAGUUUAGUGCAGGAAAGUGUACUACAAUUAUCACAGCUAUCCAGGUUGGAGACGCUGAACCUCUGCAGCACAGGAUUGUCUGUCAUUCAGUUCAGUGACACGUUACCAGGCACCAAGACGUCAGCAUUCCCUGCACUGAAGGUUCUCAUACUUGAUGAUAAUAACAUUUUGGAGUGGGCCGUCAUUAAUGAGCUGGAGAAGCUGAAGUCUUUGGUGCAUUUGUCCUGUAAACGAAACCCCCUGGUGGAUCUGGAGAAGGAUCUGGAGACGACUCGGCAGUUCCUCAUCGCGCGCAUCAGCCAGCUGGAGAUAGUCAACAGGAGUCAGGUGCUGCCGAAGGAGAGAAGAGAUGCUGAGCUGGAUUACUGUAAGAAGUUUGGUCGUGCUUGGCUGCAGGCUGGAGGCCACAGUGACCCACAACUCAACCGACCCAGUGCAGAGUUUAUAGCACAGCAUCCUCGUUACCUGACGCUGAUCCAGAAAUAUGGGGCACCUGGGGAAGGCGAGCUAAAGGAGCAGAAACCUUUUGCUCUGAAAGACCAGUUGUUGACAAUUACAUUCGAGUGUCCUGAAGACACAGACAGGAAACCCAUACAGAAGAAGCUUCCAGACACUAUGAUUGUUCAGAAGGUGAAGGGACUGCUGUAUAGAUUAUUAAAACUACCAGGUGCCGAGCUACACCUCAGCUACACCAACUCUAAGAUUGCAGGUAAAGAGAUCAAGCUCGACAAUGACCUGAAGUCACUGGGGUUCUUCUCUGUAGAAGACGGGGACAGGAUCCUGGUACGCUGGUCCUGAGGAUGCAGUGGACUCUGGGUGAUGUUUGUCACCUGCUAUAACACGCUAAUACAGAACACUGCACAACAUGAGCUUCUGCCCUCAUCUCUCUUAUGAAAUAUGUUAUGCCUUGAUUUUAGGUCCUGCAGAGAUGUUGUAGAAAGGAAUCGGUGUUUUCCUGGAAAACAUGCUGUGUUUCCAUAAUUAAAUAUCAAAAUGCAGCUUUCCAUGGCAGCGGGCUUCGAAGCAGUAGAGUGUGUUUCUCUAAAAUGCUUCAGUUCAUGUGAGAUGUGGUACGUUGUUAAUUAUAUAACUUUAGUCAAUAGCUGGACACCAAACCAAAAAGACUUAACAGCAGCCAGUUAUCAGGAUGGAGAUCACUAGGUCUGUCAGCUUCUUCCUAUACCUUUUAAGUUUUUUUAGUUGAUUUAUUGCUGCUCUGUUCUCUUCCUUCCUCUUUUCCAUUCACUCUUUCUCACUGGCCCUGUCCCCACAUUUCACAACCUUUAUAUGACCGUUCCCCAUACUGUACACUCAUUCACUAUAACUAUUUCAGCACUCUGUGAACAUUUCACCGAAUAUUACACCUCUCUAAACCGGACCCUGAAAUAGCAAAGCUAAUGGAGGAAUAAAAGACUUCAAAAAGA